CACGAGGCAAGGUUGUACAGGUCGAACUCGAGCAAGGUUGGAUACUACUUCAAAGAACUGCUCUGCAUUCCUGAUUAGGUCCAUCUCAAGCAAGAGAAGCCUAACGAUAAAAUGGCAACACUCAUUCAAAAUCCAGCCGAUACUGUGAAUUCCGUUCCGACUAAAGCAUUGGACAAAACCGAAAGCAAUACAAGCGCCGUCGAAAAACCUGAUUACUCGGUACAACAAGAAACAUGUGAACUCCUUAUCAAUGGAAUCAUCAAGAACCCGCUUAUGCGAGAUCUGCCACCAGAGCUGGAGGCAUUAAGCAAACAUGUUCGCUUUGAGGGUAAUCGAUUACCUAGCAUUCCAAUCAAUUGGCGUUUCGCCGAAAGCAUUUCUGCUCUUAAAGGAUUCGAAGCCACUAUGCUGAACUAUCUGGUUCAAAAGAAAUACGGGACAAAGCCAGCAGAUGUCGUAAUCAAUACGGAUCAUGCUUCUUUGUUCUUCAUGUCACCAAUGCUCGCACAGGUAAUCGUAGAUGGGAAACCCCAGCCAGUUGGGUUAUUGGUAGGGGACAACGCUAAGCUCUUUCCUAACCGAGACUUGCACAGAGCGGGCUCGACUCUACACAGAGCUCUUGCAACAAACAUAUAUAAGACGAAGGACAAGCGUUUCUUUCACCUUCACGGAAGUAUGAAUCCUGAGCCCACACUGACUGCUUUGGGCUUGCCCGUCGAAGGCCAGGACAACGAUACGUUUGAUUCCGUGGUUGAUCGCAUCCAGAAUGAAGUCUCAAAGUGGAAUGCCGAAGACAUUGACUACGUCAUGAAUGAGAAGCACCGCCAGGCUGGAACCAUCGCGUGGACUACUGAGGAGUACUUUUCUAGUGAGCAUGGCCAGGCCGCUGGUAAGAUUGGCCUCUACGAGAUCAUAAAGGAUUCCGCGUCUCAUCAACCACCUUCAUGGUGGCCCGACAGUGCAACUUUUUUAUCUUCACAGAAAAGACCACUUGCCGGUCUCAAGGUUGUUGACUUAACCCGUGUAAUUGCGUCCCCAGCAAUCGGCAGGGGAUUGGCUGAGAUGGGAGCGAGCGUGAUGCGCAUAACCUCGCCAAAAAUCACGGACAUGUCUGUGUUGCAUCAAGAUCUGAACUGGGGAAAAUGGAAUUGCCAUUUGCAUCUUAAAGAUGAAUCAGACAAAGAAAAGUUAAGAGCGUUAAUCCGUGAGGCCGACGUCGUUGUCGAUGGCUAUCGACCGGGCGUCAUGGAGCGUUUGGGAUUUGGUCGCCAGGCAAUCUUCGAUCUCGUCAAAGAUCGCCCAAGGGGAAUUAUUCAUGUGAGGGAGAAUUGUUAUGGCUGGCAUGGACCAUGGAGCCACAGAAGCGGUUGGCAGCAGAUCAGUGAUGCAUGCUGUGGAAUCUCCGUCGGCUAUGCACGGGCUAUGGGUUAUGACGAAGCAGUUACUCCUGUCUACCCCAAUUCAGACUACUGCACUGGCGUUUGCGGUAGUACUGGGGUUUUGGACGCUCUUGUAAGACGAGCCGUAAGCGGAGGAAGCUACGGAAUAGACGUAUCGCUCAACUACUAUUCUCAAUGGCUUGCUCGAACUGUCGGAGAAUACGACGACAAGGUCUGGCGUGAUCUAUGGUCGAGACACGGCUCUCCAGCAUUCCGUCACUAUCAUAAUAUGGGAUAUACCAUCCCAGCUCAUCUUAAAAUGCUGAGAGAGUAUGAUGCAGAAACCAUGUUUAAGCCAUCGUUCUUCGAGCAGCGCGAGUCAAAGAAUUUAUGCGCCACUUUUGUAGGCGUGAAGCCGAUUGCCCAGUUCCCAAACAAAGAAAUUGAGCUAGGUUACCAUGUUGGCACUCGGGGCAAUGGAAUAGAUCAGCCACGCUGGCCAAAAGAUCUAUCCGUAGAAGUUGUUAAAAGUGAAAACUGAGGAUCUCCAUUCUCACGAGGGGAAAUGGAAACAAAGGUCGCCAAACAGGGGCUCCUCAUGUGGCAGAACGCUACAUUUUCGGAAAACAUCGGCAUGUAAUUUCAGCUGACAAAAUGCGCGCGACACCGUUGCAUAUGUCGAACCUGAAAAAAAUUCCAGUGACUUGUAUGCGAAAAGCUGGUCGUCUAAUAUACAAAGUAUUUUUGAGCUGACAAUGUAAUUGCCAGACAAGGAAAUUAGUUGGUUGUCCGUCAGUCCGUCUAGUUUAGACGUUGAUUCAGACUAUUAGCAUGUUAUUCUUUUUGUUCAGCCCUUCCCGCGUAAACACCGG